AUGAGCACAGUUGCUGCCUCUGAGCACUCAUGCGUGCUGGGGGUCCCCCCAGCUCAGCUGCUGUGGACCAAGGCCAUGCCAGGAUUGUCACCUGCUGCAGGGCUCGCUCCCUCCCCUCCUCCUGUGGCCAAAGUCCUGAUCUCCCGCAGACCCCAGGCUGUAGUGUGGCUGUCACCCUCCCUGUGUCGGGAGGGCGGGAAGCUCGGGCUGGGGGGCUGCACCGACGUUGAAGACACGAGUGUUGCGGAGGACCAGGCCCUGAGGGCGCUGAAGGCCUGUACUGAGCCCACGGCCGAGGGCGCCCGCUCCGUCGACCCCCGAGGUGCCUGGACACUCUUCGUCAGGCAGAGUGACCGAGGCGUCAAUGGCAAGAGCGGGGGCAGAGGCAAGGCCAAGAGGCUGAAGCUUGGCCUGCCAGGGCCCCCGGGGCCCCCCGGUCCCCGGGGCCCCCCUGGUCCCAUCAUCCCGCCUGAAGUGCUGCUCAAGGAGUUCCAGCUGCUGCUGAAAGCCUGGCUUUCUGGGUGCUCGCAGAACCCCUUUGGCCCUGUGGAGACUGCCCUGACCCGGCCCCACUCUCCACCGGAAGAGCUGGGGCGGCUGAGCACACUGUGGGUGAGCUCCCUGGAGGCGGUCAUGGGCCUGGAGAGUAGCAGUGAGCUCUUCACCAUCUCGGUGAAUGGUGUUCUGUACCUGCAGCUGGGGCAGUACGCCUCCGUCUUCCUGGACAACGCCAGCGGCUCCUCCCUCACCGUGCGCGGCGGCUCGCACUUCAGCGCCAUCCUCCUCGGCGUGUGAGCGGCCCGGUGGGCCCUUCCUGUGCCCGGCCAACGGACGCAGGAAGGUUCCCCCUUUCAAGUGUCCUUGCCCAGAAGGCCCUCAGCCCAGCAGACGGCCAGCCGCAUGCACGGACACUGGCCACUGGCUUCGGAGGCGUUCCCAGCAGCAGUGGACUGCCCGGACCGGAAAGCGCCCGGCUCUCGCCCAGGGGUCCAGACGGGAGACCGGGAGGGCCAGCACUCCACAGCGUCCUGGGGCCCGACUGCACCCCACCAACAGAAUCAGAAAUGAGCAGACUUCCCGUUGUCCCUGGAGGGCCUGCCAGAGGCGCCGUGUGUACCUGUCCACCCCUGGCCACGCCCAGCACCUCUGCCACACGAUGCUCUGCCACCGCAUUUCCCCUGGAGACCUGAAAACGGCCAGACGGCUCGGCCGGCCUGUCUGGGCAGGUCACUACCUCAGUCUCCGGAUAGAAAGUGCCCCUUCCCUAACCAGGCUCAUUGAGGAGGGCGAAAGCACAGGUGAGGCGCCCGUGACCUACAAACAUAACACACUGAGCAGCUGUGGGUCACCAGCGCAGGCCCAUGCGAGAGGCCAUGGCAGUUGUACUGAGGGAAGCCCCAGAGCGUACCCGGAAGCCGACAGGACUUCUGAAGGGCCAAGUCAUUCAAAUGUAAGAACCCAAAAGACUAGAAAAGAAAGAAACCUUUAUUUACAACCACGGGAGCCCCCAGGAGUACACGGGACACACGUAGUGCGCACACACACACACGCACAGGGAGCCCGGGCCGCGCCCUACUGCCCUACCCGCACCACCAUCACCGUGACGUUGUCGGCGGAGCCCCGCUGCACCGCCUUGUUGGCCAGCCUGUUGCAGGCGGCCUCGUAGCGCGCGUCCACGGCGGGCUUCCCUUCCCGGCUCUGGAUCUUCUCAUCCUGCCGGACGGCAAAGGGGCACAGGUGAGCAGGGCCCGGCCACCCUCCGGGGUGCGGGCUCCACAAGAACUGCUCCCCGGUCUCCAUCGGGAGGGGCUGCAGGACGAACGGACUGGGGAGCCCCGGGCAUGUGCGCCGGGGGGGGGCAGCAGGGAGGAAGCCCCCCCGGGACGUCCCUGUGGCAAGAACCUGAGCGCAGCUCUGACAGCCGGCACCCAGUGGGCACUCUUACCUCCAGGCAGGACAAAAUGAAGUUGACGGCCUCUUCUGGGGUAAAGACCUUGAAGAGGCCGUCGCAGGCCAGCAAAAUGAACCUUAAUGAAUGGGAACAAGGAACAUAAACGGGUUUUCGCAGCAGACUUCGUAAAAUGGCUUGGCGAUGCAAUAAAAUAAACACUUGUCCAACCACUUGAAAGGGCUGGUGGGAGGGAGCAUCCUGAGACCCCAAGGUCGGCAGGCGCACAGAGCCCCGCAAAAGCCAGGCUGAGCAGGGGGCCGUGGGGAGGCCCUCCUGAGCCUCCGGGGCCGCCCACCUCGCCGCAGGCAGCUUAGCGCAGCGUCUUUCAUGGGCUGGCUGGCUCCGCUUGGCUGCUGCCCCCGCAGGGAACCCAGGACCCCUCACCACUGGCUCCCAGGCACCCUGCUGCCGUUCCCCCAUCACCCUCCCUUACUGCCAGGCACCUGGCCAUGCGUCAUGCUGUCCCGCUGCAAUGGCCGUGCACCUUCCCUCUGCCAGGGGGCCCUUCUCCUCUCUCCAACAGGGACCUGGCCCAAGUCUCCUGCUCCCAACACACGGUGCCCCCACCCCCCCCCAACACAUGCACUCACCUACUGGCCUGGGGAGCCCACGAGGGCAGAAAGCAGUCUGUCCAUCCCUGCACCACCAGGCCCCACCAGUGCCCAAGACAGGGCUGCCCACCCACCCCAGGUCACAACGCAAACGGGAACUCGGGACUGUGUGCGCACAUGGACUUACCUGUCGUUGGGGGUCAGCUGGCAGCGUCUGAUGUCUGGCACAGAGGUGACCCCACAGCGCUUGUACUGCCCGUCCCCGAUGGAGCGAGACACCUCCAGCACACCCAAGACACGCCCGUCCCUGAAACGGGGAAACGGGCUCCAUGUGACAGAUCGUGGGUCCACGGUGCUUGCGGGCACCCACACCACCAGCCUUGGCCUCCGAGCACUCAAACACGUCCGACGGCACUGCACACCCUCUGGCUGGCACGCGCGGCCCCCAGCCCGCCCUGCUGACCUGCCCACAGCCAAGCUGGACGGGACAGGGCCGGGUCAGGGCCCAGAUUAUGUUUGCUAUCUUGCCGUACCCUAACGCGCCUCAGGCGACAUGAGCAGGCAGCCCAGGUUACGAGGUGCGGCAGGGGGCGCUGUAUUUACACCUGACUUGACCCAGAAAUCCCUGCAAGUAACUGUUUCCGGAUUCUGAAGCCCUGUUUUCUUUGCGUGGGCCAUGGACAUGAUUUCUCUUACACUGUAUUAAUCGUAUUCUGCACAUUAAACUUCUACCCAUUCCAUUUUUUUUAA